AUGAAGUUUCUCGUGAUCUUGGCGCUUUUUGCGAUAACAGCUUGGGCUGCUCCUGUCGAUGACGAGGAUGGCUGGUAUGUGCCACAAGCUGAUGGCUCCCUCGUCUGGAUGACUAGUAGCGAAGCUGAAAAUAUGUUGGCAGAACAUGAGGAGAAGGAAAAAAUUAUGGGACGUUUAGAUCUCUCUCCAGUCACCUACUACUUGUACACUCUGUCGAAUCAAAAUGAUGGACAAAUAAUUACCGCUGACAAGGACUCCAUUUCCAAUUCGCACUUUGAUGCCAGUCAUCCAACUCGUGUUUUAAUUCAUGGCUGGACUCAAAGCUAUAAAACAGACAUGAAUGUUAACAUUCGUGAUGCAUGGCUAUCGCAUGGUGAAUACAACAUUAUCGUUGUGGAUUGGGCACGUGCACGUUAA